GCCUGUCUUGUGUCGUAAUAAAAGCUGCUUGAGGGAGAACGAGAGAGAGAAAGAGAGACGUUAGCCCAGAGGGCGGGGUCGCCUCCACAGUCGGCCGCGUAGCCCAGGAGGAGGAGAAGACAGCCGGGUCGCGUGGCGCUGCGCGAGUCAGGCCGUGGCUGGCCGAGAGAAGCGGACGGCGAGGAGGGGGCUGCGGCAGGGAGCGGGCCGGGCUGAGACCCUUCGGGGUCGCCGCGGGCCUGGGUGAAAAUGCAGGAAGCGGAUUUAGUUGCAAAAAUGCUCCGAGCUGUUCUACAAUCCCAUAAACAUGGAGUACCUUUUUCCCGUUUGCAAGCAGAAUAUAAAUCAUUAACUGGAGACUUGAUUCCCUUUAGGCAGCUGGGACAUUCUAAUUUAGAAGGAUAUAUAAAAAGCAUCCCUGGAGUUGUUAGGGUUGAAAUUAGUAAAGCUGGUGAGGUGACCUGUCGUGCAGUCAUUUGCCAGGAGACUGCACAGAUUGCUCAGCUUGUUGCCUGCCAGAGAACUUCCCAAAAGAAAACGGGUCGGCAAGUGAACUGCAGCAUGAGGCUGAAAAGAACAGCUCCAUUUGCCUCAGUUGGCAAGCCAAAGGGUACUCUGAGGAAGCCAGGAUUCAUGCAUUUCACAGAUGAAAGCAGGAGACCUGCACUCCCACUGCUGAGAAGCAAAGGAAGCAUGAGCUCUGCACCAUAUCCUCUGACUCUAGAAUUUGGGACCCCUCUGCCAAAAGAAGUCUUAAAUCAAGGACACAUGACUGUGACAAACAGGCUUGAUAGAAGAGCAACACUUCCACCACGAUUUCAGAAGGAGCUUCAAGGUCAGCCGCCAAAAAACGUACCUGUGAACUUCAAUGAAAAUGCAAAAGAAACAAGACAACUCGUGCCAUUUCAGCCUCCUUAUCCUUCAAAUACUGAUAUAUAUGAGAUUCAGAGAAGAAUUAAAGAGAUUCUAAAUCGAUACGGCAAUGGAAUAUGUUUAUCAAAGUUACCGCAUGUGUACAGAGAGGCUUAUCAGGAGGACUUAAAUACAGCCUUGCUCCCUCAGUUUGAAAACUGGCCUCACGUUUGUGUGACAGAGAAGGUAUGUUCUGGUGGCCUUAGGGAUAUAUUCCUCUACCCUGCUACAAAAAUACAACCUUUGGCGAAGGGUGUUUCAAGCCAAGAAGGAAGCCUUCAGCCCCCCUUAGUAAGACAGACUGUAGAGACCAAAGCAGAUGCGCCCCAGGAGGAUUUCAAGCAGAAAAUUGCUGCCAUCUUGUUAAAAUAUUCCAAUGGCCUUUGGGCGAAUGCUCUCCCCAAAGUGUAUGAAGACACAUACAAAGCACCAUUACCUCAGGAUAUUCUGAAAAGUCUUGACACCCUCUCGGAUAUAUGUUCAGUGGAUUACAUAUCUGGCAACCCCAAAAAGGCCAUUCUCUAUGCAAAGUCGAAAAAGCACACUGACGAGAACCAGAAUGUGACUGACAAAACCCAUGCAAAUGAAGUUCUAGCGAGACCAGCUGAGCAGCAUCCCACCAUGAUCAAGCACGCAUCCCAAGAGGAGUAUUCGGAGAACAUGACCGUGCCUCCAUUAAUUAUCCCAGCAGAAACAUCACCAUCUGUGCUGGUGGUAGAACUGAGCUCGACAAAUGAAGUUGUUGUCAGGUAUGUGGGCAAAGACUAUUCUGCUGCCCAGGAAUUAAUGGAAGAGCAGAUGAAGGAUUGGUAUGGUCGGAACCCCUCAGGUUUGCAGAUACAGUCUCCCAAAGUUGGGCAGGUUGUUGCUGUGCCUGCAGUAGAAGAUACUUGGCUGCGUGCACAGAUUAUUUCGACAGAAGGCAAUAGGAUAAAGGUAUGCUACGUUGAUUAUGGCUUUAGUGAAACCAUUGAGAAUACCAGAGUGUGCAAACUAGCCAAGCAAUUCUAUUCAUUGCCGUUCCAGGCUUCAAAAUGCAAACUAGCAGGGUUAGAAGCCUUCUCGGAUGACCCUGUCAUGGUGAAAGUGGUGGAGUCUCAAACCUGUGGCAAGAUAUUUGCUGUCGAAAUACUAGAGAAAAAUGACAUUCCCCUUGUCAUCCUGUACGAUACUUCAGGAGAGGAUGACGUCAACAUCAACGCUUCUUGCCUGAAGGCACUUCGUGAUAAAUCUCUUGAGCUUCGCCUUCAGGUAGAUGCGCUCUAUACAAAUGUCCGAGUAACCAAUGUCUGUUCGGAUGGAACUUUAUACUGUCAGGUGCCAUCAAAGGGCCUGACCAAACUCUCUGAAGCUUUGCAGAAGCUGGAAAAUUACUUCCACCACAAGCAGGUAGCAGAGCAUUCGGUAUUGCUCCCCUACUGUGGCAAGAUCUGUCUGCUUAACUGUAAAGGAAAGUGGGCACGUGUGGAGAUAACCAGUGUUCAUAGUAGCCGGGCUCUUGACGUACAGUUUAUGGAUACUGGAACAGUAGCAUCUGUAAAAGUAGUAGAGCUGAGAGAGAUUCCCCCGACGUUUCUGCGUGAAGUCAUUGCAAUACCACCUCAGGCAACCAAAUGCUGCUUGGCUGACCUUCCUCUUAAUAUCGGCAUGUGGACUCCAGAUGCUGUGCUUUGGCUGAGAGACACAGUAUUAAAUUGUCCUGACUGCAGCAUUAAGGUGGUCAAACUGGAUGACAGGAUUGCACACGUCUAUUUAUUUACGCCAAAGAGCUAUGCAGACCCAGAUCGUAGUAUUAACAGGCGGAUCACUAACGCAGACUUGUGGAAGCAUCAGAAGGACGUCUUCUUGAGUGCCUUUCCCAGUAGCUCCCUCCCUGCAAAGGAGGAAACGAACUUACCAGAGACGGCAAGCUCAGGUGCCAAGAAGGGUUUUGCUCCACGUGCUCCAGAAGCCAGCAGUGCUGGGACAGCCUUGACUAUGCCUCCGCCUUUGCCGUUGCCUAAACCCCAGGAGCAGAUGGAUGUGUUUGUCACCUUGGCCUGCCAUCCUGGUUACUUUGUCCUCCAGCCUUGGCAAGAGAUGCACAACCUGGAAGUACUGAUGGAAGAGAUGCUUUUAUACUACAGCAAAGCGGAUGAGGGAACUACCGCUGUUGAAAAAAACAAACUCUAUGCUGCUAAAGUGAAAAACAUGUGGCACAGAGUGCUAAUAAGAGGAAUGUUGGCCAAUGGGCUGGUGUCCGUUUAUGAGCUGGACUAUGGUAAACAUGAGCUUGUCGGCAUCCAGAAUGUAAGGCCUCUGCAGGAUAUGUUCCGAAAACUGCCAUUUCAGGCCAUAACAGCCCAGCUUGCAGGAACAAAGGGCCAGCAGUGGUCUGAGGAGGCCUCAGUAGUCUUCCGAAACCAUGUUGAGAAGAAAGCUUUGGUGGCGCAGAUAGAAGCAGUUAUCGAUGGGGCUAAUCCAUGGGAGCGCAAGGCUGUCGUCUACUUAGUUGACACAUCACAACAGGACACAGAUAUCUGGAUUCAUGAUAUUAUGACCCAAUAUUGUAUGGAGAUUUCAAAGGCAAAUUAAUGCUUAACAAAACAAAAACAAAAACCUUCAUUAAUAUCAGCAAUAAGAAUGUUAACAUAGCUGUGACCAUUUGUGGUUUUGCUUCGGAUUUUUUGCACUGUUGAAUGCUAGAAUGUUAACUGUAUAAAUACAUUUCUGUUAACUUAUUCUACUGGAACAAUUUCCUUCUAGGAGCUAAGUCUAAAGGUAACAACUUCUCAUCAGCUCGCUAGGUGGCAGCCCCCGAGACAACUUUAUCUGCUUUGUGGUGAACCUAUUAUAAUGGCAUCUCCCGUUUAAAAGAUCCAAGAGCGGAUCUGAGGAAAAACCUUGGAAGUGCUGCUGACAGUCAGUGUAGACUGAAUAAAUCAGAUUAACCAGUGGUCUUAAUUCCUUAUGAGACACAUUCAUAUUAUCACGGCUGUGCCUGAGGAUGUGAUCUUGAUUAUGGAAACCACACAGUAAAAUGCCAUCAACCUUUAAAACUGAGUUUGAACAUUCCCGACUCUGUAGAAUAGUGGCCCUUGAAAAUGAUAGGCUGGGGCAGGGAUGACCAGUCUCCAUCUACAUCCACGCUACUGCUUUCUCUCCAUAUAUUUUGCUCUUCCCCAUCCCAAUUAAUAAGCCUGGUUCAGCCAAUAGUAGUUACAGAAAGUAUGCAGAAACAACCUCCUUCCUGAACUCUUUCUUACAAAGCCCAUUUAUAUAACCUGAAUGCAGUGGCCUCUGUGGCUCCUGGUAACUGUCUACAUCUCACACGGUUAAGGUGGAUAAUUGCCUGGUUAUCAGGCUAUUGAUGUAUAUUUCAUUACUUGAAAAUCAGGCUCCUAGCAUGGCUUACAUAUAUCCAUAACAGGACAGCCUCUACCCUCAGACAUACGUUCUAAGAAACAAAUGAAAGGGAAAGUGAUUCGGAGGGAGCAGGAGAAAACCAAACUCUGGCACUAUCUAGUUCGUUGCAGAGUUCUUUCUUGUAAUCACCAGCUGGAAUGGGGGGGGGGAAUCAAAAGUUGCUGGUCUUUCAUCAGAGCUGAUGGAGAGGCCUUGUAAUCACAUCUCUCCCUCUCUGCAGGUUGACAGAAUGACUGCUGAGGGAGGAGCCCAGUGGAGCUGGGAAUGUAAUGUAUAAAAUAUAUAAAUACAUUUUGGAGCUGUAGAGCAGGGAAAGGGAACCUGGCCCAGUAUCGGGAGGAGAAGCUGUUCAUUAAAACUCUCCCCAACUUGGCUUCAUGGAAUCAUUUUGCUAAUGUUUACUUGAGUAAGGCCCAUGUAACUCAAUGGGGCUUAAUUCUGAUUGGACAUACAUAGAACUGCACUGUUUUAAUUUUGGGUCCUUUCUUCCCACAGACGCCUUUUUAAAACCUUUGGGUCUGGUUUUCAAUAAAGCACCUUGGGUUUUGCAAGACA